AAGCCCUCACUCCAUCCAUCAUCUCAUACGCCGAAUCACAUUUUUCUCCAAUGUUCAAACUCGCGCCUGCUUUCGUCCUCGCCGCCCUCGCCGCAACGGGUGUGAUGGCCGAACAACGCACUGUGACUGUGGUCAACAACUGUGGAUACGGCACUCCCACCUUCACCAACGCCGGGAAUGUCGUCACUACUGGAGCGUCCUUCCUGUUCAGCCAAGCGACUGCCGUCUACCUCCAAAAUGGCAGCUGCGGGCCGAACGGCGAGCGCUGCACGGCGGUCCAUCUCGCGCAGGCCUCCACCUUGGGCCUGAGCUACCGGAUCUCUGUCACUCCCCCCAACGCGUACACGGUCCCCGUUAGCGUCCACUUCUACAACGGCUGUGAGGGUCAAGGCGCCGAAUGCAAGGAUCCUUCCUGCCUCGGGAGCGCCUUACGCGGCGAGUGUUUCCUCAAGGACAGCGACCUGCAGAUCACAUUCUGCCCUUCGGGACCUGUGGAUGUGCCAGCGCCCGCUGCGGCUGCCUAAACACGUAGCUUACUUCACUCUACGAAACGCAAUCGAAUCAAAGAUUCUGAAAAUCCAACACUUUCGUGAGGGACCUACAUCCCGUGGUAGAGU